AUGGUUGAAAACGUUCUCGACGACAUCUCUCACCGGAGAUACAACCCUCUCCGCGGCGCAUACGUCCUUGUCUCGCCCCACCGAACUAAGCGUCCCUGGCAAGGAGCUCAGGAGAGCCCUUCCAAAACAACCCUACCUGCCUACGAUGCCACCUGCUACCUGUGUCCAGGUAACAAGCGCGCGCAGGGCGACGAGAAUCCCAAGUAUGAAAAGACCUUUGUUUUCGUGAACGAUUACAGCGCCGUCAAGGAGGAGCAGGCGCCUUACCAGCCGGAAGCCGCAGAUGACGCCGAAUCAUUCUUCCUCCGCGCCGACCCCGUCACAGGAAAAUGCUACGUGCUCACCUUCUCCGCCGCGCACAACCUCACCCUAGCCGAUCUCUCUGCGGCCGAGAUCGUCCCUGUCAUCGACGCCUGGACGCAGAUUUACGCCAAGCACCUCUCUCCCAACUCCCCUCUCGCGGACGCCGCCUCUAAGAUCACAAUCGCCCCCGAUUCCCCAGCGGCGAGCAUCACCAAGCCCAAAGAACAAUACCGUUUCAUGCAGAUCUUCGAGAACAAGGGUGCAGCGAUGGGCUGCUCGAACCCGCAUCCGCACGGCCAGAUCUGGACGACCAGCUCACUCCCCGAGGAACCGGCUGCCGAGCUCGAGCAGAUGAAGAAGUACCGCAAGGAGCACGGAGGCAGGCAUCUGCUGGCUGACUACGCAGCUCUCGAGAGCAGAAAGCAGGAGCGCGUUGUUUUUGAGAACGAUGCGUUCCUUGUCGUUUGCCCCUGGUGGGCUAUCUGGCCGUUUGAGACCAUGAUCGUUAGCAAGACCCAUAAGCGUGCCCUUGUCGACCUUGACUCUCAGGAGAAGGCACAGCUCGCUGAGGCGAUCGCGGAGGUGACGAGGCGGUACGAUAACCUCUUUGAGACGCAUUUCCCUUACAGUAUGGGUAUCCAUCAGGCGCCGCUGGAGGGGACGGAAGAGGAGCUUGAAGCAUCGUACUUGCACUUGCACUUUUACCCGCCGUUGUUGAGGAGUGCGACGGUUAGGAAGUUCCUCGUUGGGUAUGAACUGAUGGCAGAACCCCAGCGUGACAUUACCCCCGAACAGGCUGCUGCGCGGUUACGGGGUUGCGGCGGCGAGCUCUAUCGGAAGAAGCUGGAGAGCAACUGA